CGCGCAAAUCGGAACAAUCAAGUUUGUUUACAUUCGGCUUCAAGUUCUAGUAUUUUACCGAGUAAAUUGUCUUUUACAGCAAAAAGUAAUAGGAAAACCCUCAUUUUAUGUUCCAUAGUUUGUGCUUCCUGUGAUGAGAUAAAGUUUUGAUUCAAAGUUCCACCGUUUACCAUGGGAAUAACCGGUUUGAUUCCUUUUCUGGAAAAAGCAUCCAGCCGUUUCCACCUGCGGGAUCUUCGCGGCCAAUGUGUCGCCAUUGACAGCUACUGUUGGUUGCACAAGGGGGCCUUUGCCUGUGCGGACAAACUGGCCCGGGGCGAGCAAACCGACAUCCACAUCCAGUACUGUCUGAAAUACGUAAACAUGUUGCUCUCGCACGACAUUAAACCGAUUUUGGUGUUCGAUGGGAGGCAUCUCCCGGCCAAGGCAAUGACUGAAGCGAAACGAAGAGAGACCAGGGAUAACUCCAAGAAACGGGCAGCCGAGCUGUUGCGAGUGGGCAAAACGGAGGAAGCCAAGAGUUAUCUGCGACGGUGUGUGGACAUCACCCACGAGAUGGCACUGCAGCUGAUCCAGGAAUGUCGGAAGAGGAACGUGGACUGCGUAGUGGCACCAUAUGAGGCCGAUGCUCAGCUGGCUUAUUUGAACCAAAAGAAUAUCGCCCAAGCUGUGAUUACGGAAGACUCGGAUUUGAUGCUGUUUGGAUGUAGCAAGGUGUUAUUCAAGUUAGAUCUGACCGGAAGUGGUUUAUUAAUCGAAGCGGAGAAGUUGUACCUGGCGAUGGGUUGUAAGGAAGAGAAGUAUACAUUUGACAAGUUCCGUUAUAUGUGUAUUCUUUCCGGUUGCGACUAUUUGGAAUCUCUUCCCGGGAUUGGACUGGCUAAGGCUCGGAAAUUUGUAUUGACGACGGAGGAUACGGAUAUCCGUAGAGCUCUCUCGAAAAUUCCGGCUUAUUUAAACAUGAGACAACUGGAAGUUUCGGAGGAAUACAAAUUGGAAUUUUUAAAAGCCGAUGCCACCUUCAAACAUAUGGUGGUUUUUGAUCCUUUGGAACGAAAGCAGACCCGGUUGAACGAGCCGGAAGUUAUGGGAACAGACCCGACAUUGUGCUGUAAUGCAGGAAGCUUUCUUGAUGACGAAAUGGCUUUCCAGAUGGCCUUAGGAAAUUUGAAUCCGUUUACAAUGAAAAGAUUGGACAAUUGGCAUCCGGAUGAUCCGAAAUGCCGAGCAACGGGGGGCCAAACUUCAAAUUGGAAGCAAACCGCCGUGACUAAACAUUCCAGCAUUUGGAAAGGUUCCUACCAGGGACGUAGGAGUCAACAUAUCGAGAUCCACGAGGAGGUUAAAGUGCGAAAUGUAUUUCAGCUGGAGGCUGCCAGGCGUUCGGUUACAGGGACUCAUGUUGAAGAAACGGAGAAGGAAUCCAUCGACGACAUCCUACAGUUGUACGGAAUCGUACCGAAAGAUCAGGAACCCGCGCCGAAACGGUUUUGUUUGAGUACGGUUGCUGUACAACAGAAACAGACAGUCAACGCCGAGGAGAUUGAAGAGAAAAGUAACCUGCCUCGGAGAAAUCCUUUCCAUGUAAAAUCCACGGCUCCAGUUCCAGUCCAGGAACAAUUCGCAGAAUCGAACGCACUGAAGUCGCCGCUUAAAAUCACGGCAGAAAAUAGUUCCCUUUUACGGCAGGUUAGUCCUGUAAAGAAAAUCGAAUACGACACCAAACCUAUUCUCCAACUGACAUCCAAAACUGAGAAGCUCAGCCGCUUCAAACGGACUGUUUUGGGAAAUGAUAGCCAGAAAGUGAUCAGUCGAUUCUUCUCGACUUCAUCGUCUAGCCAACUGAUAACCACUGUAAGCAAUCUCUCGACAUCCCCGUCCGCCGAUAAAAAUGAUAACCAACCUAUGCUCGAAAUACAGGAGGAAACAAGUCCUGUUCAAACAACCAGCGUGUACCUGCUCUCACCGGAAGCAAGAGGCGAAAAAACGCCCAAGAAGCAACGACCGUUUCCACACAACGGAUCCAGCAGUUCUCCAGCUCCCCCAGUCAAAGGGGAACGAAGCGUAGAGAAGUUGGACAGUGGCUUCGUGGAGGAACCCGAGGAGGGUUUCAGUUCGUCGCAAAAGGAAAAUCAGUCCGACGAACAACAGAAGCCUAUCUCUAGGGUGUCACUGUUUGCCAAAAAAGGUCCGAACCGGUUGAGUACGGGUUGCUCUACGGAAACGCCGCAGCAUGUUGAGCCUACUGAAGAGAAUGAUGUUGUUGAGAUUAAAGACGAUGGUGACGAGAAUUCGCGAGAUACAAUAACUGUUAGUCAGAAAUUAGCACCUAGCAUGGGUAAGAGCGGCAGCAGUAGCAGUCAGAAGAAAGCAACCUGUCGGCGGGUCGGACUUUCGAAGAAAGGUGUAAAGGACGUUGGACCAAAUCAGAGCAAGCUUUCGAUGUUUGGAUUCCAGAAAAAAGUUCAAUUGAAGUGAUAUUACUUGCGGGACAAAUUUAUCAAACACUGCCAGAUGAGUAGUUUGCAUUUGAGAAUUAUUAUUAUAAGUUUAAUCACAAUUUACGUGUUAAUAAAUUUUUAUUGAUUUCUAACAA